CUGACCAGUUCUAGAUUUAUUGAUCCAUCCGAAGUACUCUCGGCUGUUGCCAAUGGGAACCAUAAUGGCGCUAGCGUCAAUGGUGGCAAUUUGUAUGCAAAUGGCCACUCGGGAUUAGGCGAAGGUCAAGUGAGUGGAAAUGGAGUUGUUAUUCCUCCGGCUUUGGGAAUUUCCCCACCAGUUUCCUGCCAAUCACCCCUUGCCCGCAGUCCCUCAAAUGUAAAGUUCGCGCAAGUGCAGAACCUGAGGCCCCUUAAUGAACAGCCUUGGUUUCAUCCAAAUUUAACACGAGCUGGUGCCGUAAAGAGACUCCGAUUGGAACCCGAAGGCAGUUUCCUCGUGCGAAACAGCGAAACUAACAAGAAUGAAUAUUCCCUUACGGUCAAACACAAUGGUUACCUACACAUGAGAAUUACCCGAGAUUCUCAAGGCCAGUUUGUGUUGGGGGAAUACGGUCAACCCUAUCCGAGCAUUCCUCACAUGAUCUCUCAUUACGAGCAGACCCCAGUGCCACUCAAAGGUGCUGACUCUGUCACUCUUUGCCAUCCCCGUUGA